AUGGACAACUCCACUUCAAUGGCUGGUCCUCGGAGGCAGAGACAGCAGCGGAUGGCGUCCGGGGAGAGUUACCACGAUGAGAUCCCUGUUCCUAUACCUGGUCAGGGCAGUAAUAAGCCAUCUGCAAUAUCAACACACUCUCUAGAGCGAUACUAUACCGCUACACCCCAGAAACAACGAUUUAGCUGGCUAUUCAUCGUCAUCAUGGGGCUUUCGACCAUCGUCACGGCCUCCCUCUUGGCCAUGCGCCUCUUCACCCUCCCAGCUUCGGCUGCUCCUCAGGCUAUUGAGGUUGAGGUUGAUGUCGCUGCUCCCGCGGCCUCUGUCUCUACUGCCGCACCGGCCUAUCCUGCACCUGCUUCGCCUGAGUCUGCCGCUCCCAAGGCUCCUGCUUACUCGGCUGCCGCUGCCGCUGCUGCUGGUUCUUGGUGGAUGUCCGACAUCAAGCGUCAAGGUGUCGUUGCCUAUGGCUCCGCCGACUACAAGAUCUUCCGCAACGUGAAGGACUACGGUGCCAAGGGUGAUGGUAGCUCUGACGACACUGAGGCCAUCAAUGCCGCCUUUUCUGACGGCAACCGUUGUGGUAAGGGCUGUGACUCUUCUACCACCACUCCCGCCAUUGUCUACUUCCCUCCUGGCACCUAUGUUGUCUCCAAGCCUAUUCUCCCCUAUUACUACACCCACAUGAUUGGUGAUGUCAACAACCUUCCUGUUCUCAAGCCAACUGCCAACUUUGAGGGCAUGGCUGUCAUUGACGUCGAUCCCUACAACUCGGAUGGCUCCAACUGGCACACCAACCAGAACAACUUCUUCCGACAGGUCCGCAACUUCAAGAUUGAUCUCACCGGCAUGCCCAAGAGCUCCGGUACUGGUAUCCACUGGCAAGUCGCCCAAGCUACCUCUCUUCAGAACAUCGUCUUCCAGAUGAUUGAGGACCCUAGCGACGACAACAAACAGCAAGGUAUCUUCAUCGACAACGGCUCCGGUGGCUUCAUGACCGACCUCACUUUCAUUGGUGGUCGAUAUGGUGGUUUCUUUGGUAGUCAACAGUUCACCAGCCGAAACAUGACUUUCCGCAACUGCAACACUGCCGUCUACAUGAACUGGAACUGGCUGUGGACUCUCAACGGCCUUGACAUCUCUGGCGCCAAGGUCGGCAUUGACAUGACUGCUGGCGGCAACGUUCAGAACGUCGGCUCUAUUCUCCUUACCGACAGCAAGAUUGCCAACACUGCAGUCGGUGUCCUGACCAACUACAACCCCGCGCAGCCCGAUACCAACGGCACCCUUAUCAUCGACAACGUCGACAUGUCCUCUGCUGUCCCUGUCGCCGUCAAGGGUGGUGGAUCUAGUGCUACUAUCCUCGCUGGCAACGCCAAGAUUGCAUCCUGGGUCCAAGGUCGUGCCUACAGCGGCGGCAGUGGUAAAGCUAUCCAGGCCACUCAGACUCCCGUCACCAAGCCCAAGGCUCUUCUCGACUCCAAGGGUAAUGUCGUCACCAAGAGCAAGCCCCAGUACAACAGUGCCCCCUCGUCCAACUUCAUCUCCGUCAAGUCCAAAGGUGCCAAGGGUGAUGGCAAGGCCGAUGAUACUGCGGCCAUUCAGGCUGUCUUCAACAGUGUCCAAGAUGGUCAGAUCGUUUACUUCGACCACGGCGCUUACGUCAUUACCGAUACUGUCAAGGUUCCCAAGAACAUCAAGAUUGUUGGCGAGGUUUGGCCUCUCAUCAUGGCUGGUGGCAACAAGAGUUUCAAGGAUCAAGCCAACCCCAAGCCCGUCUGGCAAGUCGGUCAAGCUGGUGAUGUCGGCAACGUCGAAAUCCAGGAUCUCAUAUUUGAGACUCUCGGACCCCAGCCCGGUGCUAUCUUGAUGGAGUUCAACGUCGCUGGUUCUACUCCCGGCUCCGCUGGUCUCUUUGAUGUCCACUUCCGCGUUGGUGGCUCUGCCGGUACUCAGCUUCAGUCCGACAAGUGCAAGAAGAACCCCAAGGUCAAGGCCGAUCCCAACGCUGAGUGCCUCGGCGCCUUCAUGCUCUUCCAUAUGACCAAGCAGUCUAGCUGCUACCUUGAGAACACCUGGUUUUGGGGUUGCUGA